AUGGCUCCUUACGACGACUCCUCUGACGAGGGUGAGGAUCUCGAGUUCACCGAGACCAAUGUCCUUCUCGGCUACGCCGACGCCGACUCCAACGGCGAGAAGAUCAGCCGCCUGGGUGGUGUUCCUGAAUGGCUCGAAGAGGACUCCCCGGCCUCGGCCGUCCUCGCCAAGUGCAAGGUCUGCAAGGACUACAUGGUACUCCUCCUCCAACUCAACGCCGAACUCCCCGACCGCUUCCCCGGCCACGAGCGCCGUCUCUACGUCUUUUCCUGCCGGAGGAAGAGUUGCCGCAGGAAGGAAGGCAGCAUCAGAGCCGUGAGGGGCGUCAGGGUGGCGGUGGAUGCGCCUGCGGCCAAGGAGGAUAAGAAGAAGGGUGCCCCAGUAGAGGAGAAGAAGGUGGAAAUGCCCAAGGCUUCUACCCUGGGGCUGGGUGAGGCUUUGUUUGGCGCGAAGCCGGUUACCGGAGCAAAGACCAACCCCUUUGCGACUGGCGGCGGUGGUAGUGGUUCGUCAGUCAACCCUUUUGCGCCCAAAGGGGCUGCGGCUGUAAAUCCGUUUGCGCCAAAUCAGGAGACGACAGAGAUAUCAAAGCCCGCGACGACAGAAACAACAACACCAACAACAACAGAACAGCAAAAACAAGAACAGGCCGAAAAGGACGAAAAGGACCUUCCCAAAACCUUCGCCCAGACCCUCAAUCUCAACAACACCCAACAACAGCAACUCCCCGCGCCCGCCCCCUCAGAGCCCUGGCCAACCGACGCCUCUGCCCUCCCGCCUCCCUACCCCGAACGCUGGAUCUGGGACGCCGACUACGAGACUCUCGACCCGACCCCGUCUCUCCCUCCCCAGAAAAUCGAAACAAUGGACAUCGACACCGAAGGCGCCGCCGGCGGGUCUGGAGGAGGAAAGGGUGGCGAGGACAAGGACGUCUUCGAGUCGACCAUGGACGCGGUCUUCCAGCGUUUCGCCGACCGCGUGGGCCAGAACCCAGAGCAAGUGAUCCGGUACGAGUUUGCCGGCCAGCCGUUGCUGUAUAGCAAGAACGAUGCCGUGGGCAAGCUUUGCACGUGCCCGCGGCUGCCGCGAACGAGAAGGUCAGCACCACGGCCAAGGGCAAGAUUCCGAGGUGUGGAAACUGUGGUGCUGGAAGGGUGUUUGAGGUCCAGCUCACGCCGCAUGCGAUCGAGGAGCUGGAGUGCGAGGAGGACUCGAUGGAUGGCAUGGAUUGGGGUACCAUCAUUGUCGGAGUGUGUGAGAAGGAUUGUAGCCCGCGGGGAACGGAGAGAGGCGUGGCUGGCUAUGUGGAGGAGUGGACGGGCGUGCAGUGGGAGGAGUUGA